ACGACAAGCUAGAAAAAUGGCUUCAGUUGAUAUGGUUGAAAGCAAUGAAAUGGUAGAGGAUUCCGUAGUCUCUUGCAUUCCUGGAAACUCUCAGUUUUGUGUGGGAUUGAAGAGAAGUAUUGAGGAAUUGAAGGUGCCUUUGUUGGAGAGAGAUGUGUCUGUUGUUGCCGUUCAUUGCAUUGGAGGUGGUGGGAAAACAACACUCGCGAGGGCUCUCUGCAACGAUCCUCAAAUUAAAGGUUACUUCAAGAAUGUAAUUUUUAUUAAUGUAUCCCAGUCUCCAGACCUCAAAGGAAUAUUGGAAACUAUGUGGGUGAAAAUUCUUAAAAGAAAUAAAGCCAAGUUCCAAAACAUUGAAGAUGGGCAUAUACAACUACAACAACAACUUCUAAUGCAAUCUGAGCCAACCUUAAUGAUAUUAGAUGAUGUUUGGUCGAAGGAAGAUUUAGAUGAGCUACUCUUUGAAGGAACAAGAUAUAAGACACUUAUAACAUCAAGAGAUAGUUCCAUUAUCCCCAAAACAUUCUCGACUGAAGUGUAUCAAUUACCAUUGCUAGGUGAACAAGAUGCUCUAUCCCUUUUAUGCUUUUGGUCAUUUGGACAUACAUCAAUUCCAAGUACGAUAGAAGUAAAUCUAGUCAAAAAGGUGCAAGAAGAAUGUGGUGGUUUGCCACUUGCUUUAAAGGUGAUCGGGAGUUCCUUGAAUGGACAAACCCAUGUAGCUUGGGAGAGGGCAAAGAACAAGAUUUCCAAUGGCAAAAUUAUAUCAAGUUAUCAUGAAGAAGGGAUCCUUAAAUGUUUGAAAUCUAGUAUUGAUUCCUUAGAUGAUGUGGCAAAAGAGUGUUUCUUAGACUUGGGAUUGUUUCCUAAGGGUAAAAAAAUAUGUGUUGAGGCACUACUACAAAUUUGGGUUAACUUUAGGAAGAUGGAGUGGAAAGAUGCUGUUGAUAUUUUAUUUAAACUUGCAGGAAGAAAUCUUAUAAACUUAAGUAGCAAUCAAAGGUAA